AUGAAGUAUGACUAUAUCAUUUGUGGUGGAGGUACUUCAGGUUGCAUAAUCGCCUCGACGCUCGCUUCCAAAUUGAAUGCCUCGGUCUUGCUGGUUGAGGCCGGUAGAGACGCCGGGGUUGCUCCUGACGUUCUCGUACCCGGCAAAUAUCUUCACCAGCUUGAAACCGAUGUUCAAGGCCUUUGGCAUUUGCCGACUGUGCCACAGAAGGAGCUGGGAGAUCGGUCAAUAAUGUUUCUGCGCGGCAAGCAGGUCGGCGGCAGCAGUGCGGUGAACUACAUGGCGCUUGCUCGUGGUCCGGCGGCUGACUACGACGAGUGGGCUGUUCUGACAGAAGAUGAUCAGUGGACUUGGAAGAACACCUUGCCCUUGAUGAAAGAGCUCGAGGAUUUCCGACCUUCAAGACCGCAUGGUUUCGAACAAUACGCGGAGCCUGACCCUUCGUGCCAUGGUCGCGAUGGACCUCUGAAGGUUGGCUUCGGCGAUGUGAUGAGUCCGGGUGUCGAGCUGUUCUUUCGAGCCUGUAAAGAAGUGGGAAUUCCAGUCUGCUUGGAUAACAAUGCAGGCAACCCUGUUGGUGUAGGCCUUGCACAGUUCAAUACUCGGGACGGUAUUCGAUCAUACUCGGCGAAUGCAUUCCUCGGUGAGGAAACACGGCAGAAGCUUCCUAAUCUGAAAGUUUUGACCAACACCUCUGUGGAUCAGAUUCUGUUCCACAACCAGCAGGCCGAAGGAGUAAAGCUAUUCGAUCAUUCGAACGGCUCCACUUCUCAAGUACUGUGUCGGAAGGAGGUCAUUGUGUGUCAAGGAACGUUUGGCUCUCCACAGCUAUUGAUGCUAUCAGGAAUUGGCCCAAAGGAGACACUGGAGCAUUUAGGAAUCCGGUGUGUCGUUGACAAUCAGAAUGUUGGUCAGGGCAUGUUGGACCACAGCAUCCUCACAAUUGAGUAUCAGACCAACGACGAUAUUCCCGCCCAUAACCAGGUCUUUGCCAACCCUGAGCUCCUGGCGGAAGCGGAUGCUCAAUAUGCCAAAGACAGGACUGGUCCCCACAACGUCUUUGGAACGAGUGGAUCUGUGGCCUUUCCGAAGAUUCGACGUCUGUUUGAAAGUCCUGAGUUCGAAGCACUCGACCAACAGAGCAAGAAAUUCAUGCUUGAAAGCACGAGACCAUCGGCCGAGAUCUGGCUUGGAUCAGGCCCUGCAGCCUUUGACGACGUCAAGCCUGAAGACACAUACAUGACCCACGAGUUGCUGUUGCAGAACAAUCUUUCGAGAGGGAGCCUUUCUUUACAAUCGGCAGAUCCAAGGGAACUGCCGCGCAUAGACCCUCGGUUCUUGGAGCAUCCGUUUGACAAGAGAAUCGCCAUUGAGACGGUGAGAGAAGCAGUGGCAAUCGGUCGGUCAAACGCAUAUCACUCAAUGAUUCAGCGCAUGGUCCAUGGGCCAGCAGCCGAUGACGACGAAAGUAUCCUGCGUUUCAUCCGCGCAAACCUUGGGCAGGGUUACCACAGUUUGGGCACUUGCCGAAUGGGUCCGCCAACAAAAGACGGCACGGUCGUGGACCAACACUUCAGGCCACUUGGGACUAAGGGUCUUCGAGUUGCGGAUAUUUCGGUCUGCCCGAUCCUGACGUCCAACCACACCCAGAUCAAUGCUUAUCUGAUCGGUAGACGUUGUGCUGAUGCAAUGAUACGAGACUUUCAUAGCAGCUCAUAG